AGUUCUGUGCUAGUUUCGUUUGCUGCAUCUUUCUGCAACAAUCGAGUUCGUCGCUCAAAGUGAAGUCUUUUGUUCGAAAUGGCGCAACCAUUUAGAGCUGUAGUAUUGGUUUUGAUGCUGUCACUAGUUACAGUACAGAAAGUGGUUGCAUUUGGCGACAUUUUAGAUGAUCUUUUAUCGUUGUUCUUCGAAGAUUCGGAGGAAAACGACUCGACAGAGAUGGUGCAAGUUCACAACAAAAAUGCAACUAUUAAAAUUGAUUGCGUCAAUGUACCCUGUACGCUGAAUGUGAUGUGCAACAACUGUAUCAAAAUGACUAUGAGCGACCCAGGAUCAUCACAUUCCACCACUAGUGCUCCAUCGAGUUCUCCCAACGGAAAUAAGGCUGGUAGCACAACUGUUAGCGCUACUACGGCUACUAUAUCAAAUACUAAUGCCACUAGUACCACUGUCAAUAGUGAUAACCCUACCACCGUCUAGUAUAACAAGCAGCUUCCUAUUUCUUCAACUAAACGAUUUGAGAAAACAUUAAAGUGUUGUUUCUUUAAAA